UUUGAGCCGUUUAGACAUGUUACACAUGAAAUACAAUUCACAUUCGCUUGUAGAGAUAAGCCGCAGCGAAUGGAAAACUUUGUUAGAACUUUACAAGAACAAAAAACAUGAAUCAAAUGGAUAUAGCCAAAUAAACAAUUAUAUUAAUUGGGUAUCUAAAGAUGAUAAAGUGGAUGUAAAGAUAUAUUCGCUCGAUGGCGAAUGGCAAAGCGAUGGCACUUUUCUAAUGAUUGUUAACCAUGGCAUGGCAAUUAAAGAGCUCUCUUUUAAUACAUUGAGCGAGAACUUUGAGCGUUUGACAAAUGCGCUGCUCUGUUUGCUUUCCGAAGCUAACGAUGCUUAUUUGCUCUCAGCCUAUGGACAUCGCCUUAUACCAGUUAUAGAUGUCUUAAGAGAGAAAUGUAAGAGCAUAUUAAAGCAAACGAAUCAAACAGUCUGGUAUGGAGCGAGCAAAGAGUUAGUUGCAAGCUUUACAGCGGAGCCCCCUGCUGGAAUUGAGUUGCGUCGCGUGGAGUUGAAACACGCCUCGGCCAUCAACGAAAUCUGGCCGCAUCGUUCGGAAGGUUCAGUUGAAUAUGUGAAGAGCUUAAUAACUUACAAUGUUUCAGUGGGUGCUUAUGAUGAGCAAGGCGAUUUGAUAGCUUGGUGUUUGAGAUUGCCUAGUGGAGCUUUGGGCGUGCUGCAAGUUUUGGAUACCCACAAGCGUCUUGGCCUGGGCAGUUUGUUGGUUCGUUAUUUAUCAAAGAAAAUUUCGGAGCUCGGAGAUGAGGUUAUGGCACCUGUUGUAACAGAGAAUACGCCCUCACGCAAAAUGUUUGAAAAGCUUGGUUUUCAGAAGAUCGAUUACGUUUACUGGUCCUGGUAGCAACAGUUAAUUAUGUAUAUAUGCAACUCCAAAGAAA